UUGGGUCAGAUGCCUGUGUCAGCAACUUUACGAAUAGAUGAUGCCAACUGAAUCGAACAGAAGAUGAGGAUGGCAAUGUCAGCCGCGGGUUACAGCUGUUCGAAGAACGAUAGACACCCCCGGCAAAUUUUCAGAACUCGGAGUUCGAAAACUCCGCAGGCACUAGAGUGAGCGGAGGAGAGUCAGGAGACACGUCCGCCGUUGGGCGUAUGUGGCGUACCAGCGACGCAAAUCCUACGUAGGCUCAGUUUAAUCGCAGAGCUUGAGCUUCAUCGCUGUAAUGUUGCUGACCUCCACUACUUUCUCUCAAAGCCAUAUCUCUGUCGUCGGAUCAGACAAUAUAUUGCUGUCGUAUCGGACAGCUGUACGGUAUUGAUGAAUGCAAGAGUGGUCAUACAAGAUGGAUACGUGAAGUCCAAGGGCCGUAUCUUUAAGAUACCACAGCUGACCGGAUGGCUAGUAUUAGUGAGCGGCGACGAGCUCGUUGAAGAGCUACUCACCGCCGACGAGGACACGCUCUCGCCGGCUGCCGCGGUAGCUGAUAUUUUCCAGACCGACUACACGAGUGGGAAAUCUGUUCACGAAAAUACGUAUCAUAUAGGCGUAUUACAGACGGCCCUCAACGGAAACCUUGCAAUGAUUCUUUCCUCGGUCCUCGACGAAUUCACAGUGAGUCCCCCCCCUUUUUUUUUUUUUGAAAUAUUAUCAUUAGUAGGAUGGACUUCACUCGGGGUUGCUAGCAUUUUCGCCCGGAUAGUCUGCCGUGCAAGCAACCGCGCGUUCAUCGGUCUACCCGUUUGUACGUCUGCUCGUUUUCUCGCGAAGGGCUUUGGAUUUGCGAUGAAUAUCGUCCUAGGGGGAGCCUGGCUGAACUGCUUCCCAGGCUCUCUCAAGCCAGUCGCAGCAUUCUUGCUCAACAUGGCCACUGGGUACCAUCGUAGAAUGCUUCAGCACCUAGGGCCUGUCGUUGAGGACAGGAAGAGACAACUCGCGAACCAUGGCAAAGACUAUGCCGAGAAACCGCCCUCGCUAUUGCGGACAGACAUGCUUUCUUGGCUAAUAGACAGCGCGCCACGCGAUCAUCAGCUCUCCACAGAGAACCUGGUCCUGAGAGUGCCCACUGUUAACUUCCUUGCUAUUCACACCACGUCGCAAUCUUUCGUUCAUGCGUUGUACAAUUUGGCUCCGGGAUCGGAAUACGUUGGCCCACUUCGCGAAGAGGUCCAAGAGUGUCUUUGGAAGGACGUCACCUUGUGGACAGAGGAGGCUUUGAAUCAUUGCUGGAAACUGGACAGCUUCUUGAAAGAGAGCCAGCGGACAAACGGCUUAGGAGCAUUGUGUCUCCCGAGGAAGACCAUGAAACCUCACUUCUUCCGCGACGGGACCUGGCUUCCGAAGGGUGCUAUUCUUGGGGCAUCGCAGACCGCCUCUCAUUCGGCUCCCGAAAAUAUCACAGACGCCAGUACCUUCGACGGCUUUCGGUUCUACCGCGCAAGGGGGCGGGUGGCGCAGAAGGACAAGAUAAGGUACACGUCCGAGUACUUCAAAGAGCAACGAUCAGAAGACUGGAAGCAUGGCUUUACGGGCACGAGCUUGCAAUAUCUAACGUUCGGUGGAGGGAGACAUAUCUGCCCAGGAUGCUUCUUCACUACAUUGGAGCUGAAGUGCAUGGUGGCGUAUGUGCUUCUGAAUUACGACGUGAGGAUGGCCGACACGGGUGCCAGGCCUGCGGACGUCUGGCAAGGGUCUGUGUCUAAGCCGUCGAGAAAUGCGAAGGUAGACUUCAGAAAGCGUACAUGAUAAGUCUUAGUAACUGCCUGGUAUGUUCAUGGUGCUGUGAAUGAACCUUAUCUUGUAUCUUCGUUCUUAUCCUUUGUCACCUUUGUAAAUAAAUCGAGUACGUGGCCAGAGCACAUAGCU